AUGAUAGAGUGGUGGCGACUGGAGACGCACACAUUUCAUCUACCCUUCGGCGAGGCUACCAUCACGCUUGAGGAUGUGGAGGUUCUUUUCGGGCUACCGGUUGAUGGAUUACCUGUAGCUUACCCGCAUGCUCUUAGAGACUAUAGGGGAGUGCAUUACCUGCAUAUGUUGCAGCGGCUCACCGGUUUCCAACCAGCGGAGCCGACUACAUUGAGUGGGGCCAUUCGAUUGCAUCUGACACCCGUCCGACAGCAUCUGGCGGCAAUGGAUGCGGAGAUUAUGGAUGAUUCACCGCCGGAGGAUAUCGACCGGCACACGAGAUUGAUGAUGCUGCUGAUGUUAGGUGGUGUACUGUUCUCGAACACUUCGGAAAACCUAGUCAGUUUGAGAUUUCUACAUUAUCUGGAGCGACUAGAUGAUUUACCUGGUUACAACUGGGGUGCAGUUGUUCUAGGUUAA